AUGACCUCACAGAAGUUUAUCAAUAAGGCCACCAUCGAAUUCGGUCGUCGUAUAUUCGGUGAACAAGUUCGUCGGGAGCCAGCUACAUUGAAAGAACAGUAUCGAAAAUUUCAAUAUUACCAAACCGCUCAUCAUAAAUUAGGUUUGAUGGAACACGAUCGAUUAUGGGGUGAACAACCAGCUGUUAAAGAAGCCAUGCGUCGUUUACGUCUUAGUGAACCAGAAGUAUGGGAUGAACGCUCGUUCCGUAUCUCACGGGCCAUCAACUUCGAUAUCAAGAAAAUGUAUUUACCAAAAGACGAAUGGGUUCAAUAUGAAACUGAUGUACCGUAUCUCCAACCGUUUUUAGCUGAAAUCGAACGCGAACAAGCUGAAGACGAACAUUGGAAGAAAGUUUUGGCCUAA